GUCCAGGAAAGGCAAGCCAGCACGAGGAUGGAAUUACGUUGCCAGCAAACACACGGAAAUAUUACACAAAUCAGUUUUAUCGGAAUGGAUACUAACAUCUGAGCCAGCCCACCACAGUCCUGGCUGACAGCAUGAGUGACGCCACAAGCCCCUCGCGGAAGCAUGGCCCGCUGCAGCCCCAGUCGUCGGGCAGCGGCCGCACCAUGAUGACGGCGUGGCGCCAGCAGCCGUACCUGCACGAGCCCAUCUCCUCCAAGCAUGUGUGCUUCUACAAGAGCGGCGACUCGCAGUUCAGUGGCCUGCCCGUGGUCAUCAACAACCGCACCUUCAAGACGUUCGAGUCGCUGCUGGACAGCCUGUCGCGGCGCGUGCCCCUGCCGUUCGGCGUGCGCACCAUCACCACGCCGCGCGGCCACACCACCGUGCGCUCCCUCGACCAGCUGCAAAAUGGCCACUCGUACAUCUGCUCGGACCAGCGCACCGUAAAGCCCGUGGACCUAGAACGAGCGCGUCGGCGACCGCCGCCCUGGUACCACGCGCGGCCUGCCAGCGGGCCCCGGCGCCGGGCGUUGCAGCAGCCCCAGCGGCUAGAGAUCCGACCGCGGCGCAUGGGCCGUAGGGGACGUGAGUCCACGCCGCACCUGCUCAGCACGCCCAAGAGGCUGGUGGUGUUCCGCAACGGGGAGCCCGAGGAGAGGCACACGCUGCUGCUGCAGAGGAGGAGCGCCCGCUCCUUCGAGGCCCUGCUGGACUAUAUGUCCGAGGUCAUGCGCUUCCCUGUGGUCAAGCUCUACAUGCCUGAUGGGCGCAGGGUGGAUGGUCUCCCAACUCUGAUCCUGUGCUCUGGGGUAUUGGUGGCAGCAGGCCGGGAGCCAUUUAAAGUAGGAGACUAUGACACCCAGAGGCCCACUGCUCCAACAUGGCUACCUGCCAAAAGAGUUGGAACUAAAUGGGUGCAUCCCUCACACCGGAAAAAGAAAUCAGGAUCCAGCAGCCUGAAAUCUCGCCUCUUUUCGCCAUCCUCAGAGCGUUUCUUCGUGAACCAGAUCCACAACAGUGUGGCAGGGAGUGCGGGAGACUACCCCAGUCAUGCUGCCGGCUCAGUGGAGAUGGAGACUGGCAAUCCCCUGGGCUCCUUGGCUGGGACAGACAUACUGACAUAUGGAGAGGCCAUGGGUGACACCCAGACACUUCCUGAUGAUGACAUUGAAAAGUCCUUCCGUGUCAAUCAGGACGGCAGCAUGACGGUGGAGAUGAAGGUCCGCCUGACCAUCAAGGAAGAGGAGACGGUUCAUUGGACCACAACCCUCAGUAGGUCUGCAGCAUCCAAUCAAAUGGGAGAAUCAAGUAUCAUAUCAGGUGAUGUGAACACUGGUUUACAAGACAACUCCCACCUCCUUCCGGAUCUUGACCCUGAUGCUGCUGCCAUGGAGACCAGCUGUUACAAUCAAGAUUUGCCCCCUCCAAUGAUGGACAGUGCAUAUUCUGAACAAACUGGGGAGAAAGAAGAGGAAGAACAGGGAAGGAAGCUCCUAAGCUCCCUUGCCCACCGAGUGCCUACACCAGGUCCACGCAAGGCCUGGCAAAUGCAGGCAUCAGUAGAAAAUGCCCAGCAGGGGCCUGAGAGAGAGGGUCAGGAGGGCGUAGUGGGCUCUUACUCCUACAGGGAGGAGAAACAGGAGUACUGCAUGGUGCGGCAGACAACCAACCGGCCAGUGCCCAAACCUCGGAAUGCUACCCUUUCAGAGACCAACAAAACAAUGAACUCUAGCACAAGUAUGCAGUCCCAGUACAAAUCUGCUGAGGUUCUCAAGCUUCAGAACAGUGGCGAGGAGAUCAGGGAGACUGUCCUCCACAUUUAUGAGCAGCAGACUUGCCAGGACAACUUUGUUGCCAACACACAGGUGCGGGUUCAGGGUGUAUCUCUGUACAGCCCACUGCAUGGCCGGCCUGCCACCUCAGAGACUGUGUUCCCAGCCUCUUCAGAGAGAACGUUCCGCUCAUCCAGCCUGGACUUGGAGUCUGAGCAGAAUCUCUCCUCUGCAAGAAAUAGCAGAGGGAAGCAGAAUGACGAUCUCUUAUUGUCUUCCAACAUACCCCUUUGCCAAACCUCAGUUGGUACUGAUAAAUGUUCUACUGCAGUCUUAGGAAAGAAGAUUGAUUCUUCUGAUUCAAAUCAACAAACAGCAGAAUACAAUGGAGAUACCCAGAUCCUAACUAAGAAAAGGAAACCUGUUAAAUUUGUGUUAAAAAAGAACAGUCACAUUUUUCAAAGCACAGCAUCAGAGAAAAAACGGAGUGAACAUGUAGCAGAAAUUCUGAAAGGAAUUCGCAGGAGAAAAAACAAUCCAGGCACUUCAGUGGGACUUGUAAAAGGUGCAGAGCGCCUUAGAGUCAAAACUGCUCAAAAGCUGCUCAAGAAAAGACAGAGAAUGCGGGCAGCUGAAUAUAAUGUGCCAGGUUCUGACAAGAGUUCUCUACAGAGGAGUUCGGCAGAAGAUACAACGCAAGUAAAAGAGCAUCAGAAUGAGCUGUCAAAGGCUGUCACAGAAGAUAAGAAAGCAGAAAAAAGUGAGACCCUAAAUGUUACGCAGAAAAGAAAUGUUCUUGAAGUUGAGGGGCUUCGAGGCAAAGUGGCCCUGAUUCGCCAAACAUCCAUGCAUGAUGAGAAGCGGACCACAUGGGAAACGGUCGAGCUGAGCGAGAGCGUUUCUCUGCCUGCCCUCAACUCCUCGUCCUCCAUGAUAAACGAGUACGUGGAGCAGUGGCUGCUGAAGAGCCGUGAUGAUGCCAUCUCAGAGUUGGAGGAGGCACCUCCCUGUAACACGGACCUCAAUUCUGAGUCUGCCUCUCAAACAGGCGAUGAGCCAAGAGCGCUCUUCCAUGUCAGCACUGACAGGGAAGCAUCUUUUGAGAUUGGCUGUGAAAUGAUCCAUAUGACUGAGGACCCCAGUGGAGAUGCUUUAACAGCCAGCCUGCCCAGUCUAGUGCAGCUCUCACAGAUUAGUCAGGAUCCAUUUGAGGCUGUAGAGCCCACAAUACCUACAACAGAGCUAAUGCAAACACAACAAAAGGAUUUAAAUAAAAGUAAUGGUUUUCAGAGGACACCACCAGCUAAUCCAACAAUGGAAAGGAAUACAAUGCCUACAAACAGUAAUCUAGCAAAGGAAAAUGAGCCAUCUAAUGAGUCUCAAAUUUUCCUUGACCCUUCACCUCCCAAACCAUUACCCAGAAGUAAUACUUUAGAAAAUAAACAAUCCGUCAACUUGGAAAAACCAUCAUUAAGAUAUGAGUCUCAAAGAAAAGCAAUCACCAAUCAAACAUCAGAUAAAACACCCCAACCCAGUCAAAAGGUUUGUGAAGAGUCACUAUUGUAUAGCUCUACCUCAUUGAAGCCCAGUCCCAUGUCCCCUGUGGUAGAGAGCACACAGAUGGUCACUAAAUCCACAGAGAGAAAUAUAGCAUCAACUGAUUCACAUAGACAAACCAAACAGGUUAUAAAAAGCGCCAACUUCCCCCCACCGCCUCAGGACACUGAAAGAAGACCCCAAACAUCAAAUGUAGUAGCAACCCAAAAGUCCUACACAGUGAGGAUGGCGGCCCGUCCCGACAUGAGACCAGUGGUAGAACAGCUCUGCCUAUCCAUCCACUCCAUAAAAGAGACAACUCAGCAGAAGCGUCCCUCAUGCCUGGAAAAGUCCAACAGCUUGCCUGACUUCUCAUCCCACAUCGCUUCAACCUUUGGGUCAUCCACUCGCGUCCUCUUGGCUUUUCUCUCUGUAAUGACACUAAAGGAUGGCCUUGCCAAUCUGAAUUCAAACAAGCAACCAGGCAUUGAUAACCUGAGUUACUCAGAAGCCCUGAGGUUACUCGACUCCCUUAAAGAGUUAGCCAGGAUUGAAGAUGCACAUGUUCUGAGCGAAAGUCUGAGUGCCCUGCAGAACUCAAUCUCCAGGCACUUGCUGCAAAGCUGGAGGGGAUUUCAGGAGCUGAGGGACCAGGUGAGGAGUCGCAGUGUCACUCCCAGCAGCUCUGAGAGUGAGGGCCCUCCCGAUGUCGAACCAGAGGAGGAGAAGGUCAUCCAGGAGCUCAUGGGAGAGCUGGGAGUACCAGAGAGAGUCAGAGAGGAACUGGCCAAAUUAAACAGCACAGGUGAGAGGAGUGCAUGCGAACAGGCAAGCAUUAAAGAAACCCUGGCGACUAUUAAAGGUCAAGCCUCUCACUUCCAGAAUGUGAAAAUGAAGUUCACUGAAAACAUUGUGGGGGGAACCAAUCAAGAGAAGAUACCUGAAGAGCACAAAUUGACUGUAGAGAGUGCUAGGGAGAGUUACCCCAACCCAAAUACUGUUACAGUGCAACAAUCUGAAGAAUACUUUAAGGAGGAGAGUUAUGACCAGGAGAGCACCGAGAGUUAUCACAAAGAGUUGGAUGCUGAGGAGAGCCACUAUGAGGAGAUGGCUGAGUCGCUACCAGAGCUUACACUGAAUGGCUUUACAGAUUCCCACCCCGUAGAAGAUGCUGCCAGCAUUGCAGAUUCAGGGAUGGGUGAAAAUGUCACACAAUCCAGUGUUGCUUUGUCUAAUAGCAAUCUGAUGCCAAAUGUGAGUUCAGGUGAACAAAAUUCAGCUGAUGAAAAGGGGCAGCCUGACUCAAAAUGUCAGUUUAUCUACAUGGAUAGCCAGGCAGAACAUCUUGCACAGUCAAAAGCUGAAUCUGAUAUUCAUCCAGGCAGGCAACUCAGUGAUGAGGAGAAAUCAAGUCAAGAGGAGAUGCUUAUGGAGGAACAGAAAAAUACUGAUGAGACAGAAAAUAAAGGGGUUGAGAUCCCGAGUGCUGAGAAUGAGGAUGUUUCUCCCACAGAGGAAGAGACUGAAGCAGUGGAACCACAGAUUAGUGUGGAAGAAGAAAAGCCCUCCAGCUCUGAAGGCCUAGAAGAUGAGGAAGAUGAAGAUGAUAUCUGUGAGGAACUUAUGGGUCUUUCAGACGAGCAGGUAGAUGAGAGAGAUAAAUUUAGUGACACUCAAACCCAGCAUGCACCUCUGGUAGAAUACAUUACUAAUGCUAGUCAGACUAGUCUUGCUCAAGGACGCCAUGACAAAAUGGGUGAAACUGAGAGUAAAGGUGAAGCCUUGAGUCAACUUAGAGAAGCACCUACCUUUCAAAUUCAUCAGGAUAAUGAAGAAAAACUAAAAAAACAGGAGAACAGUGCAGUGAAAAAUGAUGGAGAUAACACUCAUAGUGAGGGGAAAGCCCAUCCCUCUCAUACAGAGAGGCCUUCAAGCCCUGUAGAGCACCAUAUCAUCUUGGAGAACCCAGAGUGCUACUCCAUCUAUCAGGAAAGUUAUUUGGCAGAACUGCAGUGGGCAACAGGGGGGGUAGUAAGUCACAGGACUGCCUCUUUUCUUUAUCCUGAGGAGAGGACCAACGUGGGAGGACUUAUCAGUAACUUUGAAGAGCAGCCAAGGCAUGUUGAACAAAAAGAAAAGAAAACCCCCAAGAGAUCCAGAAAUGAGCUCUCGAGAUCUCAUAUUGAGGUCCCAGAAGUCUCUGAGAAUGAUGAUUUCACUAGUGUAUCCCAUCUCUCUGAUGAACAGACUAAGAUAGAGGAGUUAAAGACGGGAACUCCAGAGGCAAAGCGAUCACCAAGCGUCACGGAAAUCCGGCAGACCAUUUUGAAUAAUACCUCCUCUCAGCUUAUUAACACAAGCAGGAGCUCCCCAGCAUCAAGAGUUACAUCCCCGUUGGCUUUCAGUUAUGACUCCAGAUCUCGAGACUCAGAGGGCAGCCCUCAGGCCAACAGAGUGAAGUCCAUCAGGGAAAUGUUCCUGGCCAAAAGCAGCUCAGAAAAUCAGUUUGUUCAGAGACGACACCCUGGCCCUCUCAGGACUGAUCGAUCAGAAUCGCGUCCUGCGACAUCUGACAGUGGAGCUACUGGAUCCCAACAUUCCCCAGAUGUCUCCAGUGCAGAGGAGGACACAGGGAGAAUGGCCAUAGCUAAAGGGUAUGUCAGGAGAACUAUUGAACGUCUCUAUGGAGGGGGCGGAACUGGAAAAGCUCCUGAGGCAAACAGACCUCCGUCUGCAUCCAAAGGCAAGCGAAAGGAAGCUCUCUUGCAGAAUACUGUCAGGAGCCUUGCUGCCGUCCAUGAGGCUCGCUCACGUGUCAUAUCUGACCUGUCUUACUUCAAUGCCACAAGCUCAUUUGACAUAACUGAGCCAACGCAGUGCAUCGCCAUGAAUGCCCAAGUGGGCAGCAAAAAUGCAGUUCUCAUCGAUGAGGGCCGCUGGCUCAUGCGUGAAAACCACCCCCUCCAGACCACACUACUGGAGUCACCGGGUACACCUGCAAACAUGAAAUCCUCAUCAUCAGACUAUGAGUAUGGGACCACUAAGGGAGACAGGAAAGAAGAUGCCCCAUACUCCCACUUCAGCUCUGCUAAAUCACACAACACAGAUACGGAGGAGCCAGUUGUUCCACAUUGCACCUACCUCACCCUACCACAUGGGGGUGACUCGGAACCUGAGGAGGACGAGCCCUGUCCUAAGGCUGACCCUUCCAAGAAGAAGAAAGAGCAGAAGGUGGCCCCCAUCACAGAGGCACCCAAAGCGUGCUCAGAAAGAAAUGGAGUGCUGCCAGCCUUCAUCCCAGAGUUCAAGAAAAGCAAUAAUAAAGUGCACCCUUUGAUGGACUUCCUGCCACUCUCACCCCCAGUGAUGACUCAGCCGUCUAAAAGACAGGCCUCACAGGCUACACAGAUGGGAGUGGCCCAGCGCACUGCUGCUGAACCAGACUUUUUGGAGAUGCUGUAUCUUGCGUGUGGAGAGCAUUGCCCCUUCCUCUGUUUUAGUGAUGUUAUGCAACUUAAAACAAGUGUUCCGGAUGCUUUGGGUAGAUGCCCUAAUAAGUUUUUUUUUUCUGUGACGAAGACCACAUAG